UAACAAAAGGAGUCUAUCUAUUAGCAUGAGAGAGAGAGAGAGAGAGCCACCAGAGUCACUUAAACCCCAAAAGCAUUAGCUGUAGUGCAGUUCUAUUUUGGCGCUACUCAUAAACCUUCCUUCUUCCCCCAAUUGAAUGCAAUAUCUAUUCAAUUUCAAUUUCAAAACCCUUCAAAACAAAACUAUUCACAACCUACUUUUAUUAAUAAAUUUCCCAUUCUCUCUCUCUUUAUUUUAUUUUUUCCUUAGAAAAGGAAAAGAAUAAAAGAAGAGAAAUGGAAGAAGAAGGUAUAGGGUUGGUUCUGGCAAGAGCUACAGAGCUGAGGUUGAAGAUCAGCAACUGCAUCCACAAAGCUAAUGACCCACCACCCAAAAGGGAAAAUGGAAUCCAAGCUGAUGGUGAAGCAGGAGAUGAAGACCGAGAAGAAGAAGAAGAAGAAGAAGAAGAUGAUGAUGAUGAGGCGCAUAAGCUUUUCAACAUAUGCGAUGCCCUUGAAUCCCUUGAGAACCAGCUCUCUUCCUUACAGGCUUUGCAACAGCAGCAAAGGUAUGAAAGGGAAGUUGCCCUUUCUGAGAUGGAAAGCAGUCGAAAGAUGCUACUCAACAAGCUUAAGGAGUACAAAGGGAAUGAUUUGGAAGUGAUACAUGAAGCUUCUGCUUUUGCUGGUGAAACAGUAGAGCACAACAACGAUCUCUUGCUUCCUCCAUAUCCAAGCCGGUCUCCACACACUUUUUGCCUAGAAAAUGGCUAUUUGCCACCUACACACAAGUCUCUACGAAAUGGGAUAAUCAAUAGUGAUCCAACAAAUGAAGAAAAGAAGAAAUUGAGCGAGACAGACAGAGAUGAGGUGAAAACUGGAUCCAAAAACUCAAGAGGGUUGGGAUUUGUCCUAAGCACAGCGGCCAAGACCGUGCUUACUAUUGUUGGCGUGGCAUCUGUGUUAAGCUUGUCUGGUUUUGGUCCUAGAUUUGUGAGAAGUAAUACCACUUUCAAAAUAUCAGGCCUUUCUCAGCAACCACUGAGUAAAGAAAAGAGAUCGACAAUUGAAUGCCCCCCGGGGAGAGUCCUUGUUGUGGAAGACGGGAAAGCUCGAUGCGUUGUGAAAGAGAGAGUUGAAGUUCCGUUCUCAUCAGCUGUUGCAAGACCAGAUGUAAACUAUGGUUGCGGUUAAAUGUUUCUUCCUUCCAUCGUUUUGUAUAUCUCUGCUUUGUUGUGAUAUGCUGUUAUGGAAAUUGCAUCUCUAAUGAUCCAAGGGCUGUCUUAAUCUUUCAGGAGUAGCGAUUCUUAAGAAUGGUAGCAGUUCGGGUUUUGUUGGGGGAUGUUUAGUGACUUCUGGUUUGAGAUAUGAUUAAUGAUUAUAAGUGACAAAUUUAUUUUA